CUCCGGGCUGAGCUCUGGCCCGGUGCCCGCAGGAUGGCGGGCGCUUCCUCGCGCGUGCACUACCUGUCGGACUUCUGCUGCCCGCUCGGAGGCCGAGCGGCGGGGAAGCCGUUUGUGCUGCGACAUGAGGCGCAGGUCUUUCUGUCCACCGGGCGCGAGUUCGUCUAUGUGUAUGACCAGGAGGGCGGGCUGCUGACGGCGGUGUACCAGUUUCCCGACCAAGUAUGGCACCUGCAGCUCCUGGCCAUCCGCAGGGCACUCUACGUCCUGUGUGCCCGGACUGGCAUCUACUGCCUGUCGUUGGACUCACUGGACAGGUCUGGGAGCCAGGCCUGUGAGGACAAAGAGGAAGCGGCUCCCCCCUACCCUGUGAUCCUUGUGGACCCGGAUGCGUGUGUCCUCCCUGAUGCUGCCCUCUGUGCCUUCGCCGUGCUGGAUGAUAUGCUGGUCACCCUGGCACAGGGCCCCACCCAGUGGAAGAUGCAGCUGUUUGAGCGUCCCUGUGCAGGGGAGGAGCCUCAGCCUGGAGACCAGGUUGGUGAGGUGGAGCUGUCCACCUGCACCCCACCAGGUGGGGUGCCAGAGAAGCCUGCAGCCCCCCGCUUCCUGCCCGUGCUGUGCUGCGUGUUCCCACCAGACUCCAGGGCACCUCAUGGUCACCCCCAGGGCUGUGGGUGCUUCACGCUGGAGGAGGCUCUCUUUGGUUUACUCUUUGGAGUCGAUGCCACCCUCCUGCAGUCCCCUGUGAUCCUCUGCGGUCUCCCUGAUGGCCAGCUUUGUUGUGUGGUCCUGAAGGCCUUGGUUACUUCUGGGUUAGCCCCUGGUGACCCAAAGGUCCUGGUCAAGAUCCUCCACCACCUAGAGGAGCCUGUGAUCUUCAUUGGGGCUUUGAGGGCAGAGCCACACGAGGAGGAAGCAGCAAGAGAGUUGCUGCCUGGCCAGCAUGUGCACUCUGACUGCCUAGUGGCCCUUGGUCACCAGGGCCGGACACUGGCCAUCAAGGCCAGCUGGAGCGAGUCAGGGAAUCUGGUGCCGGAGCUACGUGAGUAUUGCCUCCCAGGGCCUGUGCUCUGUGCCGCCUGUGGCGGGGAUGGCCACAUGUACCACAGCACUCCCUCAGACCUCUGUGUGGUAGACUUGACUCGGAGAGACAGUCCUUGGAACCCUGAGAAGCCAGAUGGGGCCGUGGGAGGUCUGCCCUCCGUCCUGUGCCCAGCCAGCUUGAACAUCUGCAGCGCCCUCGCUCUGUGUGUGACAGCAAGGGCACCUACAGGUAGCACCGAGCUCCUGGCCCUGUCUUCUAAAGGACGCCUGAUCUCCUGCGGUCUGGACUUGAACUCUGAGGCGCCUGUGCCUGCCAAAAUGGCCAUGGCAAAUGCAGGACAGAAAAUUAAGGAGCUGCUCUUGGACAUCGGUGAUGUCUCCGAGAGGGUGUCCUUUCUGAAGAAAGCUGUUGACCAACGCAACAAGGCCAUCACAAGUCUCAACGAGGCCAUGAACGUGAGCUGCGCCCUGCUGUCCCACCCGGAGGGCGAUCGGCCCAUCGCGUGCACCAUCACCACCUCCUGGAGCCGCCUGGAGCUGCGAGACAUGCUGAUGGCCACCUGCACACUGGAGAACAGUAGCAGCUUCAGCCUGGACCAGGGCUGGACCUUGUGUAUUCAGGUGCUGACCAGUUCCUCUGCCUUAGACCUGGAUGGGACCGGGUCGGCUUUCACCUACACCAUUCCAGUGGACAGACUGGGCCCGGGCAGCCGGCGGGAAGUGACGUUGCCCCUGGGCCCUAGUGAGAGUGGUGUGCUCGACCUGCCCGUGACCAUGUCCUGCUGGCUCUUCUACAGCCUCAGGGAGGUGGUGGGUGCGGCCCUGGCCCCCUCAGACCCUCUAGAGGCCCCCUACCUGGAGCAGCUCCCUCUCAGCCUUCCUAAGCAAGAGGGCGUCUGCCUGCCCCUGUGCAAGCGCACAGUGGACAUGCUGCAGUGCCUGCGCUUCGCCGGUGCGGCCGCGCACCCUGCACAGGCCCCCUGUGUGCCUGGCCCUGCCUGUGAGCCUGUGGAAACUUUCCUGAAGACCUGCCAAGCCCCUGGCAGCGAGCCUACUGGUGCUGCCUCCCUACGGGCCAAGUACCUGCCUCCAUCCACAGCCUCCAUCAGGGUGUCUGCGGGCCUUCUCAGAGCUGCCCUGGAAGACGGUCACUCAGGUUUCCACCUGUGCAGCGCUACCCUGCGGUGGCUCCUUGCCGAGAACGUUGCUGUGGAUGUUGUGCGGGCCCAGACACUGUCUUCCAUCCAGGGAAUAGCCCCAGAUGGAACUGAUGUCAACCUCACCGUCCAUGAGGUAGCUGUGACUGAUUUGAGCCCUGCAGGCCCCAUCCAGGCUGUGGAGAUCCAAGUGGAGAGCUCUUCUCUGGCCAACAUGUGUAGGGUGCACCAUGCCAUCAUCAGACGAAUACAGACAAUGGUCACAGAGCAAGCAGCCCUAGGCUCCAGCCCACCUGACCUCCGCAUGCAGUAUCUGCAGCAGAUCCACGCCAACCACCAGGAACUGCUCCGUGAAGUGCAAACACUGCGUGACCAGCUGUGCACAGAGGACGAAGUGAGCUCCUGCGCCACAGCCCAGAAGCUCCUGCAGAUCUACAAGCAGCUGCGCAACCCUAGCCUCGUCCUGUUGUGACCAGCUGCUGGCCAGCUCCACGUCACUGCGGGACACACUCUGGGCUUGCCUGGCAGCACCCCUCAGCUGGAACCUCUGCACCCUGAUGGGAAAUACCGUCACCCAAGAACUCAGGCCAUGGAGACACAGGGUUUCUGGGACUCAGACUUCCAAGUUUGGGACUGUUGUGCUGCUGACCCCAGCACACCCCGGGAGUGCUGGCUGCCUCUGGGGCCACCAGGGGGCAGAGUGCUCACUGCAACCAAAGCACAAAGACCAUGAGAGGGCUCCCAGCGACGCCUGCCAGCGGCGCCGCGGCACUGGCUGCCCCCAGCACUGUGCUGCUCUUUGGUCCCUGUCUCAGCCUCCUCCUUCAGCUGGGCCCUGCCCUGCUGCUGGUGCUGUCAUUGCUGUGGGAGGGGAGCGUGUCUGCAGAGCUCUGGGCCUGCUCCUGUUUUCUGUCUGUGAGGUGCUGGGCUGACAAGCUGCCUUUUUGUGAAGUUCCAGGUGUCCACUGAAGUCCACUCAGUUCUA